UAACUUGCAUUUACCAAGCUCAAAUCCUUACUGUCCUCAUAUGAUUAACAUCACUUGGAGCAAGACCCUGAUGGGCCAAGUCCUAAGCAUGGGAAUCGAUGGUUUCUCCAACCAGUGCCUCUGCAAGGUGGAAAUCAAGCCGUGGCUUUUCUCCAAGAGGAAUGGUUCCAAGAGCGUGGAGGUGGAGAAUAACAAGAUACACGUAUUCUAGGACCUCUCUGCUGCCAAGUUCGGACCAGGGCCUGAGCCACUCGAAGGUUUCUUUGUUGCUGUGAUCUCUGAUCUCAAGAUGGUCCUCCUGCUUGGCGAUCUAACCAAAGAAGCCUAUCAGAGAACAAAUGCAAGACCUCCUCCUUCAAAUGCGGUGUUCAUUGCCAGAAAGGAGCACAUACAUGGCAAGAAGGUCUAUUCAAUGAAAGCUCGAUUCUGUGACAAUGGGCACUCCCAUGAUGUUGCGAUAGAGUUUGAAACAGCAGGGCUGAAUGAACCAUGCCUUGAAAUCCACAUCAAUAAGAAAAGGGUAAUGCAGAUCAAGAGACUCGCUUGGAAAUUUCGUGGAAAUCAGAUAAUUUUGGUCGACGGACUUCCAGUAGAGGUAUUUUGGGAUGUUUAUAGUUGCCUUUUUGGGCCACCUAUAGGGAAUGCUGUCUUCAUGUUUCACACCUGCCUCUCGGGUGAGAAGAUGUUACCUUUAUCUGCACCACAGGCUCUUGGGGAAUCUCAAUCGCAAGAGACGACUGGUUUUUCUUUGGGUAAUUUGUUCUUGCCAAUGUGAGUAAAAGCCCAUUCACUUUGCUUUGUUUUGAUAGAUGAUAAGAUUCUGAAA